UCAUGCUGCUGCCAGGUCCAGAGUCUCUCAUGGGUCCCUGUACGGCCUCCCAUUGCUGCUGUCUCCAUCGCCACACUCUGCCAUGUGCCACUUUCAGGUCUCCUCACACUGCUGGUGUGUUCCAUUUUUUGUCAUAGGGUGCUGGCAGAUUACGGGCCUCCCAUAGCUGCUGCCAGGCCCCUAAUCUGCCAUGGGCCCCUAUACCGCCUCCUCAUGCUGCUGCCAGGUCCAGAGUCUCUCAUGGGUCCCUGUACGGCCUCCCAUUGCUGCUGUCUCCAUCGCCACACUCUCUGCCAUGUGCCACUUUCAGGUCUCCUCACACUGCUGGUGUGUUCCAUUUUUUGU